UGAGUAAAGGGGCGGGGUCAGAUAGACCGUUACCGCCGCCAUCUUGGUGGAGGCAUCAGAAGAGCUGGAGAGAGAUCAUGUCCACCCUCUUCACAUCGCUCCUCCCACAAGUCACCGACUCUCUGUGGUUUAAUCUGGACCGGCCGUGUGUGGAUGAGAACGAACUCCAGCAACAGGAGCAGCAGCACCAGGCCUGGCUCCAGAGCAUCGCAGAGAAAGACAACAACUUGGUCCCCAUAGGAAAGCCCGCCUCCGAGCCGUACGACGAGGAGGAGGAAGAGGACGAUGAGGAUGACGAGGACAGCGAGGAGGAUUCGGAGGACGAUGAGGACAUGCAGGACAUGGAUGAGAUGAAUGAUUAUAACGAGUCUCCAGAUGACGGUGAGAUUGAGGCCGACAUGGAGGGAGCUGAGCAGGACCAGGACCAGUGGAUGAUCUGAUUGGACGAGGCCUGGGACCGUCUGCUGAUACUUCCGUCUCCCCCCCUCAGUCGCCAAACGUCCACCAAAAACUGCUUGUAAAUGUAUUUAUAGUGUAGAUAAUGAGGGGGCGCUGUUCAUCCGGAGCGGUGGGGGAGGGGGUGUUUUCUGUGAAAAUUGAGAGGAGAGGGUUUCUUGUACAUAUUUUAUACGGCCCAGAGUCAGACCCCCACUGGUGACCCCCCCCACGGGUGUAUGAGGGAGGGAUCUCUCCUGCAGGUGUAUUUGGGAGGGAUCUCUCCUCCAGGUGACCCCCACAGGUGUAUGGGGGAGGGAUCUCUCCUCCAGGUGAUCCCCCACAGGUGUAUGGGGGAGGGAUCUCUCCUCUAGGUGACCCCCACAGGUGUAUGGAGGAGGGAUCUCUCCUCUAGGUGAUCCCCACAGGUGUAUGGGGGAGGGAUCUCUCCUCCAGGUGAUCCCCACAGGUGUAUGGGGGAGUGAUCUCUCCUGCAGGUGUAUGGGGGAGGGAUCUCUCCUCUAGGUGAUCCCCACAGGUGUAUGGGGGAGUGAUCUCUCCUGCAGGUGACUUCCACAAGGUGUAUGGGGGAGGGAUCUCUCCUCUAGGUGACCCCCACAGGUGUAUUUGGGAGGGAUCUCUCCUGCAGGUGACUUCCACAGGUGUAGGGGGGAGGGAUCUCUCCUGCAGGUGACUUCCACAGGUGUAUGGGGGAGGGAUCUCUCCUGCAGGUGACUUCCACAGGUGUAUGGAGGAGGGAUCUCUCCUGCAGGUGACUUCCACAGGUGUAUGGGGGAGGGAUCUCUCCUCUAGGUGACCCCCACAGGUUUAUGGGGGAGGGAUCUCUCCUGCAGGUGACCCCCACAGGUGUAUGGGGAAGGGAUCUCUCCUGCAGGUGACCCCCACAGGUGUAUGGGGAAGGGAUCUCUCCUGCAGGUGACCCCCACAGGUGUAUGGGGAAGGGAUCUCUCCUCCAGGUGAUCCCCACAGGUGUAUGGGGGAGGGAUCUCUCCUCUAGGUGACUUCCACAGGUGUAUUUGGGAGGGAUCUCUCCUGCAGGUGACUUCCACAGGUGUAUGGGGGAGGGAUCUCUCCUCCCGGUGAUGCCUACAGGUGUAUGGGGGAGGGAUCUCUCCUCCAGGUGACCCCCACAGGUGUAUGGGGGAGGGAUUUCCAGGUGACCCCCCCCCCCCCGGUGUAUAGGGGAGGGGGAUCUCUCCUCCGGGAGUCCCCCAUUGGUGCACGCUAGUUCUGUCCUCCAUCUUCACCUGUAUAUUACCUGUCAGUAUUGUUCUGUCCCUCCUUGAUUUUUGUGCAUUUGUAUUUUUCUUGAACAUGAAAUAAAUAUUGUUUUCUCAAA